AAAGCGUCCCUUUUUACGCAGUCAUAGCUCACGGCCAUUAUUUUGGCCAGACCUUGCGAGCUGUCACUACUCUAAAGCAGUAGUUGAGUGGUAUAAACAUAACGAUGUCGCAGUGGUACCUAAAGAGUGCAAUCCUCCAAAUUGUCCUGAACUGAGGCCGAUUGAAGAAUAUUGGGCAAUUAAUGAAAGGAAUUCUAAAAAAAGGAGGCGGAGAAGUUAAAUCGGCAGCUGAAUUGCAAAAAAAAAUGGAAAUGGGCUUGCAAAAGAUAUCCUGACAGUGCUGUGCAAGACUUCGACGCAAAGCACACAGUAUGGCAUAUAGAAAGCAAAUUUAAUAAUUGUGUAUAAAAUAUAAAUAUAUCAAAUUCAUAAAUUGUUUUUCUUUAUUAUUAAUUGUAAUAUUCCUGCUAUAUAUUGUUUGGUUCUAUACUGUAAAAUCACAAACUAACUACUACCACCAGCAAUAGAGUUAUGUUGGGCCAACUAUUAGGGACCAAGGUCCAUAAGGUAUAACUUUUUAUUUAUAAUAACAAUAUACAUAAUGGAUAUAUACAGAGGAUUAUUAUAACUAGCUUAAGUCUAAAAUAGGCCCUUGAGGCAUUGUACCAAGGAUGCUGGCGGAAUUUCCCCGUUGUAUCGCAAUACUGAUAUGUUGUGCGAGGAAGCCGCCAGGUCUUUGGUCACAAGUGAAGUCAAUCAGACGCUUUGCGAUUUCUGUAAGAAACUUGUGCGCGCUGGGACCCCAUGGACCUAGAGUUUCAACGCCAAAUGGUACGAAAUGGUACUCUCUACCGAGGCUCUUUACGUUUCAAAAUUUCGGCACUUUCCGCCGCUGCGCCCGAUUUUACAUUAAUCCCUUGGAGGUGGCGAAAUUAAUGUAUUCAAAGGGGCAUGAGGCUAACAUCGCAUGAACUUAUGAUGAUAGGUAUUUUUUCGCGUCUGUAAUAUCCACAUUUCUGUAGUUAUCUCUCGCCACAUACCGCAAUAAUAAAUCGAUACACAACACCCACUGUUUGAUAAAUGCAAAGCAGAUCUAUUUCAAACUGGCUAUGAAACAGAUGUAGGUACCUACUAAAUGUGUCGCUAAUUUAUUUAAAUAAAAAUUAUAUUAUUAUUUCGGUGACAAUUUUCUUUACUCAAGAGCAAUGGAAGCCCCGGAAUUCAAAAGAUGUUGUUUUUGUUUACCCUUGAGAAGAGGAUUGAUUGCUUGGGGAUACGUUAAAGUGGGCCUUAACAGUUUGAUGUUAACAUACGUAGCAUUGAUGUUUUAUUUUAUUGCUCUCCACGGAUCCGGGGCGUUUAAUGCAGAUAUUGUGAUAUUUAUAUUUAUUAGCGCUUGCUUACUAAUCGAUAUUUCCUUCAGUAUUGUCUUUAUCGUGGCUGGACAUAAGAAAAGUAUUAAGUUGCUGAAACUCUCCUAUGUAUACCACAUGGUGUGGUUGGGUGUGUUGGCGUUAGGAACCUGCUUCAUGUUGUAUGUGGACAUCGAUUUUAUCCUCAGAUUAUGGUCAUACAUCCAAGACAGAAAGUACUUAAUUUUAGAAUUUCUUACGGGUUCCGGACUUGGGAUCAGCCUUAUAUUUUUACAAAUCUACGUAAUCUUACUGAUACGUAGCGAAAUUAAAAAGAUACAGAACCAGUCGUUAGAAAUGCAGUUCACCAAUCACGUAAGCUCAGAAGAGCCGCAGUGCACACUUCACAACCAGUGCACAGAGAAGAAACAAAUCGUGCAAGACGAUUACACAGAAAAGAAAUGAGGCGACAGCGACUUGAUAUCUGUAGAUAAAAAUGAAGGAAUGUUUUUACUACAUAUAAUAACACAAAUAUUUAUCGUAGUCAGAACACAAUUGUAUCAAUUUAAUAAAUAAAAAAUCGUAAUUAUUAAUUC